AUGUUUGCCGAUUCGACUUUUUUUGGAGGGGAAGAUAGUGACCUGGAAGAUUAUCAAGAUUCCAUCGAUGUUCGUUGGAUCCAGGGCCGCUGCAGACCACGGCAGGUACGGCCGAGGGACGACCCUUUCUACCGGUACGAUGACGUAGAUUUUAUCACGCGAUUCCGACUCUCCAAAGAUGCUACCAUCCGGCUGCUGAGCCGAAUCGAACACGCCAUCGCCUUCGACGGCCUUCGCAACUGCCCACUGUCGCCCAUCAACCAGCUCCUGGUCGCUCUUCGAUUCUACGCGACGGGCACCUUCCAGGUAGUUUUGGGCGACCUGUGGGGUGUGCACAAGUCAACUGUGUGUCGAGUCGUCAAGCGGGUCACGCACGCCAUUGCUGCGCUGGCAAGGGACUUCAUCUCUUUUCCCACGACCGAGGCGGAACGCAGGACUGUUUCCGAAGGAUUUUACAGCAUGCAAGGAUUUCCAGGCGUUGUUGGAGCAAUCGACUGCACGCACGUCCCCAUCCAGUCGCCUGGAGGUGACCAUGCCGAACUGUAUCGGAACCGGGCCGGAUACUUUUCCAUUAAUGUGCAGACAGUGUCAGACCAUCAACUCUGCAUCCGCAACAUUGUGGUCCGGUGGCCAGGCUCGGUGCAUGACAGCACAAUCUUUGGCAACAGUGCUUUAAAAGCACUGUUUGAGAGUGGACAGAUGAAUGAGAGCAUUUUGCUAGGAGAUGGAGGCUAUGCCUGCUCCAGGUACCUCUUCACACCAGUUGCUGCUCCGAAGACGCCAGCUGAGAGAGCCUACAACCGGGCCCACAUACCCACACGCAGUACUGUUGAAAGGCAGUAUGGCGUGUGGAAGCGCCGCUUCCCCGCUCUGGAGUUUGGACUCCGCAUCAAGCUGGAGACUGCACUGUCCAGCAUCGUGGCCAUGGCAGUGGUCCACAAUCUGGCACUCCAGCUGGGUGAAGCCGAACCACCCGUAGACUUGAGGUUGGCAAGUCGUCGACGCGUCUUCUCAGAUGUAGUAGUAGAGCAUGUUCCUGAGCACCAUGGCAGGACCAGUGCAAGAUCGGCACUCAUCGACCAGGUGUUUGCCAGGCGAGCCCGUGUAGCGAGGCGAAGGGAGUAAAACAGCACAAGGGGUGCUCUCUUUUGACAAGUUCCUGAUGAAGGAAGACGCCAUAGCAGGAGCUGGCUCAGCAGACGCCUUCCACUGUGUGGGAGCAGACAGAGUUCUCGUAUGUACUCGACAGCACACAAAGUCAUGUGUGAACAUUUCUGUUUUGUUUACAUGUUAAAGGGCAGUUGCCCAAUUCUUGUUUCAGUUCUUUCUCUUGGUGCUGGAAGCGCCGCUUCUGCUACGCUGCAGCACCUUCCCACACCUUGGGUGAAAAAGAGAGCUGUACAUGCAGCACUGAUAAUUAGCGUAGCUCAGUAACCAUGUCGAUGGUGCCAAGUCAAAAGCGCAAUUUGGGAGAGCUGGUUCAUGCCUAUAAGACUCAGAAUACAAAAGGCGUCAACGUGAAAAGCAGCAACGACAAGAUACGGGGUCGUUUGUCACAAACUUUAUGCAAUGCACACUUUUCCAGGCGUCAUCGAAGCGAUUCACUACAUCUCUAUUUCGCUUGGUGUCCGAAUCAUCACAAGACUUAUGUAGGAUUCUUGUACAC